AUGACAUUCUGGACACACUUCAUUCGAUUCAUUGCUGUCGAAGAUAGUCAGGUCCACCUGGGCCAACUGGUCGAUACCAGCCGCGAUGUCGGGCGCGACAGUGUUGAAGGAGUCGAAAUAGCUGCAAAUGUCAUAGAAGGAACCAUAUUCGAUGGACGGGUCACUGAUGAGAUCAUGCAUGUGAAGCAGAUACUCGCCCCGGUCACUCAGGAUCAAUGUACCUAUAUCCGAUGCUUGGGUCUCAACUACAUGGACCAUGCCAAAGAGGCCAAUUUGGAACUUCCGAAGGCACCCGUUCUAUUCACCAAGCCUCGCACUGCCCUCGCUGGCCCGUACCCUGCAACGAUCAACAUCCCAAAAUGUGCCCAAGAUGACACGAGUGACUAUGAGGCCGAGCUUUGUCUCGUGAUUGGGAAGAGCGGUCGAGAUAUUCCUGAAGAACAAGCUUUGGAAUAUGUCUUAGGGUACACUGCCUCUAAUGACGUUUCCGCACGGACAAUGCAGAUGCUCACUGGGCAAUGGUCAUUUUCCAAGGGGCUUGAUGGGAGCUGUCCGAUUGGACCCGUCCUCGUCGCCACGUCAGUCAUUGAGGACCCGCAAACGCUCUCGAUUCAGGCCAUACACAACGGCGCCACUGUUCAAGACGGCCAUACGAAAGACAUGAUCUUCAACAUUCGGAAGCAGAUAUCCUAUCUCUCCCAGGGAACGACUCUGGAAGCAGGGACCAUCUUUCUCACUGGAACACCUGCUGGGAUUGGGUAUUUCCGUCAGCCCAGGGUGGUCCUCCGGGAUGGUGAUGAGAUCUCAGUCAAAAUUGAUCAAAUCGGAACCCUUGUCAAUAAAGUCCGAUACGAGUCUCGCUGA